ACCACGGUGGGAGUAAAGUCGUGUUGGAAAUACGAGUAAUGGCAAAGAGCCAGUCACAUUCAUGCCGCAUCAAAGCCAUCCUCGCUCGUCGUUUUUCUUUUCUCACUAAAGUCAUCUUUCAGUGAGAUCCGAGCACUUGUUUGGAUCGCAUCGUUUUCCACGUGUUCUAAUCGCUUUUAAAGUAUUUAAAAAUUAAACUGUUUUUGGCAUAAAUAAUGGGAGAGGAUUCGAAUCUUUAAAAACUUGACACCAUUCCGAUGCCAAGGGCACUUUCUUUUACGUGACGUUUUGAAUAUUGAGAAAUCAACCAACACCAAAAAGUAUUAUUUGUUACUUUUUAUUUACACGGACGUUAUUACAGAUAAUUUAAGUACUAAAAAUAAUAAUAAGAAUCAAGAAUAAUAAUAAGUGACUCAUCAGAAGUUUACGAAGAUUCUGCAUUACAGAUUCUCCAUCCCACUUUCAACUGAAGUUUGAGAGAAGCAGGAGGAAAUUUUCUGUUCUUACAUUCUAACGCUUGGCACGCAUGGAACGCUUUUUGAUACUAUUUUGUGUGCUGAUUUGCACGAGGGCACAACUUCUUAUCUACCCAGAUGAAUAUGACAGAAUGACGAAAGCAGUGCCAUAUUAUAACCAAGAUAGCUCAAGGACUGCAUAUAAUUCUCCCUCAACAGUAAAUACUUAUAACAGUUUACAAAAAAAAUUGCCUCAGUUACAUCAUGUAUUUCCUCAAAACUGGACCGAACAUGUAACAAAUAUCAUCUCCAAGGGUAUUACGAAGUUUGCUCUAGACAUGGACGAAGCAAUUUAUAGAACCAGGGACAAUUCGAAUGGCCACAGGAGUCAAGAGAACAUAGUUUUCUCCCCAAUUAGUUUAUCGGGAACUAUGGCCAUUGUUCUUUUGGCAGCAGGAGGGAAGACUUUUGACGAAGUUGCUAAAAUUCUUGGCCUAGAGUCAGGUGUGGAUGUUUCUAGAAACUCAGAAGUAGUUCACGAAAUGUUUGGUCUCUUACUUUCAAUGAUUGAUACGGACAAAGCCAAUAAUGGGCCUGAAGCCUCUUAUGCAAACGGAAUUUUUAUUCAGGAAGGCUAUCCAAUACGACCGGAAUUUUCAGGAGUCAAUGAGAACGUCUAUAAAAGUGAAAUUAUAAGUUUAGACUUCCAUAAUCAUGGAGAAAAAGCUAAGGAAUCAAUAAACAAGUGGGUAAAGGAUAGAACUAGGGGUAAAAUACCAAAAAUCUUGUCUUCUGUACCGAACCCGGAAACAGACGUUAUACUUGCAUCAGCUUUGUAUUUCAACGGAGAAUGGGAUCAAUAUUUCAUAGAUUUUGCUACCAUGAGGAAGCCCUUCAACAUUGAGCCCGGUCAAACAGUAAAUGUGGACAUGAUGUACAAUGGAGCCGAUUUUCCUUUCUAUGAAGAUAAAAGAUUAGGUGUCAAAAUAUUAGGAUUACCUUACAAACAGUUAAAGGUGACAAUGUAUGUUUUGCUUCCAAAUGCACCCGGAGCUGCUGCAUUAAAAGCAUUCGAAAGAAAAUUGAACCCAGACAUUCUCGAAAACUUAAUUCAAAAUAUACAAAAUCAAACAUGCAUUGUUGGGUUUCCAAGAAUGGAGCUUUCCAGUUCUUUGAGUCUGAAACGUGCAUUCCAAUCUCUUGGCCUAAAGACGUUGUUUGAUCCAGUAAAGGCUGACUUAAGUCUUCUCUCACCAGGUCUAAACGGGAUGAUCCCUGAUUCCUCAAAAAUAGGUGGACGUGACCAGCAACUGCGACCACAGGAUGGAUUUUACUUCCCACCGAGACUAGGAGAAAAUACGCAAGAAAAUAAGACAUCGAAAUCGAAUCCCAGCAGGAUAAAUUACAUCAGGUAUGACGAUAGUAGAGGUUAUACCGUAGAACAAUGGGCUAAUGGUUUUAACAUCCAAAGAAAUCCUAGAGAAAAGCACGAGAACGAAGGGAGCGAAACAGUCACUGCAGCUACGAGGGAGGACAGAGUAACAAGGCAAAGCAGACCUAUCGACCAAGAUUUCCUCAACUUCCUUGAAUCUCACAACUUACCCUCAUUCGGCCUAGAUGCUCUCAGAAACAGUGCGGAUAUUGAAAAUCCAGGAUUAUAUGCGGAAGAUGUUUUGCACAGAGUGGAAAUCAACAUAAACGAGAAAGGAACAGAAGCUGCGGCCGCAACUGCUGUUGCGAUAGAAAGAACUGGUAGUCAAAAGAGAUUUAUCGCAAAUAGACCUUUCCUUUUCUUCAUAAGGCACGAGCAAAGUAAACUUAUUUGGUUCUGGGGUUCUGUAAAUACACCAACACCAAACUAUCCUGUAGAUAAUCCCAGUUCUUAAUAGAGUAAUAGACUAUGUAAAGUUGGUAAAACACUUUACAUACAAUGCCAUAAAGAAAAGUACUCUUUCCAAUGAAAAAAGAAGUUUUCUUUCUUUAUGCAAGGUUGCCUAGUAGAGGCUUUUAAGACCAGGUAUCUUUAUAGAGAAGAAAAUUACAUUGUACUAAAAAAUUAUUCGUAGAAUCCAUCUUUGUUAGUUUUUGAAAAAAGUCACGAAAAAUUAGCGGAAUGAAGAAAUUAUUUGUGGUACACAAUAGUGUUAUAUAUUCUAAAAUAACGUGUAUUUUUAUCUAUGCUCCUGUACAGGAUGCAUUUUGCAAAACUAUCGUAUACAGUAAAAAAUUAACUC